GGAUUGUAAGCAUUUUAUAUGUAGCGUAAUAACUGCUCGGUGAUAAUCCCCGUUGCUCCCAAUUGGUGUCCACCGCCACCGCCGAGAAGAAGCCAACGUAGACAACGCCAGCACGGCGAGAUGCCUUUGGCUAAAGACCUCCUUCAGCCAUCUAUUGAACAUGAGAGAAGACAACACAAAAAGAAAAGACUUGUUCAGAGUCCAAACUCCUAUUUUAUGGAUGUGAAGUGUCCAGGCUGCUACAAGAUCACUACUGUGUUCAGUCAUGCACAAACGGUGGUUCUGUGUGUGGGAUGCUCCACAGUGUUGUGUCAGCCUAAAGGAGGAAAGGCCAGACUCACAGAAGGUUGUUCUUUCAGAAGGAAGCAGCAUUAAAAAGGAACAUUACUCCUACGGUGUGCAUUGUUAAAUCCCUGGUUGAGAUGUCACUAUGCAGAGAACGAAAUCAUGUUUGUGAUUUUAUAAGCUUGCUAUCAAUUAUGCCUUUUAUGCAAUGGAUUUGCAAGUCAAUAAAAAGGUGGAAACAAUU